UAUUUGAUAACAAAGAAAAUUAUAGAACCCAUGGUUUUGAACGUUUGAAUUUCGCGCGUUACGUUCCUCCAAUCAGAGGCAAGCUGAACCUUUUUCUUGUAGAAAAUUCAAAAUGGCGUCAGUGACACAUUCGGGGCUGUCAAAUUGGCUUGGGAUACGCCUAAAUUUCAAUCUUUUGUACUAAUUUCUACCGAAAAUAGAGUAUCAUGAAUACAGUGAGUGCAGAACAUUUUUGUGUCAACUGAUCUACGCACAGAAAAUUAGUGGUCUAUGCAGAAAGCUUUGCUUGACCUGUUUUUUCACGUAUGCUCAGCGCAACUUAGGCUAUCUUAACAUAAUGACACAACCUCUUCUGCUUGGUCGAAGCGAAAUUAAACGUUAAUUUGUGACGAUAAUCCGUGCAUUUUUUCUGAUAAACGUGCCUCCAAAACGAGGUACAAGGCAACUAUUUAGCGAAGGCUGUAAACUUGAUCUAGUGUGAAAAUGGAAGCCGUCGUGGAAUAUAAUUACGUGGCCAAAGAGCCCGACGAGUUGACCCUAAGAAAAGGGGACGUCAUUAAAGACAUCAAGAUGAUACUCGGAGGUUGGUGGGAAGGUACCUUGAGGGAUAAACGCGGCAUGUUUCCCGACAAUUUUGUCAAGGUUCGGACACCUCCAGCAGAAGAAGCAGGAAUGGUCGCAGGAAGUCGGGCAAGUGCCGGAAGUGCAAGUGGAGAAGGAAGCACAAGUGGAGCAGCUGAAGAAGUUACUUUGCGUAAUGGAGGAUCGGGAAGGAGAACUUGUAGAGUCCUAUUUAGUUACGAACCCUGUAAUCCUGAUGAAUUGAAGCUCGUGCCGAAUGAUACUAUAGAAUUUCUAGGAGAAGUAGAAGAAGGCUGGUGGCGAGGGCGAAACAAUCGACGAAUUGGCGUUUUUCCCUCUAAUUUUGUGGCUCCUCCCACGGCCGAUGAAAUGAGCAAAAGUAAGGAGAAGGACGAUGAGGAAUUGUGCAGGGUCUUGUUCCCGUAUCAGGCCUCCAACGAGGACGAGUUGACUCUCAUCGAAGGAGAUAUAAUCAGACUUCUUUCUCGAGAUGCACCUGAUAAGGGCUGGUGGCAAGGUCAACUCAGAGGGCAGAUAGGACUAUUUCCCGAUAAUUUUGUUGAAGUUAUCAAUUCAAAGAGCGACCAGCAAGAGCAGGAUCAAUGGCAAGAGACAAAUCAGGUCACGUCGAAGAUUAAGCACACCACAAAGCGAACUGAAAAAGCACACGUUAGAAAAAGUCUUGACACCAGAACUAGGACAGAUACAGCUAGCAAGAAAACACCAUCGCCAUCGGCAGUGACGCCAAUCCUGGGAGGCGGAAGCGGUGAUAAGAAGUCGGGCAAUCAUUCCAUUUUGUCGAGUCUGAAGCGACUUGUGGGUGACAGUGGCAGUAACAACGGCAACGGAAGCGUAAACAUGGGUUUGGAAGAGGAGCUUGAUGGCGUCGAACGAGGUGAAGGUUUGCCACUUUCACAUCUUACGGCUUCCAGGGCAAAAGCACCUCGUAGACGACCACCUACGACUCAGCAUUUACGUCACACAGCUGCCUCGUCAAUUACGAGUGUUGUUUCAUCAAACACAGCCAAUCUCUUAACGGACGAAGGUAUGACGAAUGGAAAUGGUGACAAUACUGCGGAACUGCAUCGAGACGAUGAUGGUGAUGGCCCAGUGGGAAAAGCUCGAAGAAAAGCUCCUUGGUUGGAUGAAUUGCAUUUGAACCAGCUUGAAAGAAGAAAACAUGGAGUGGACAGAGUGGAUAAAAUUGAAGUGAAGAAGGAGCGAAUCUAUUCGAGGCUCUCGACGUCCACGAAUGUUGCCGAAGUUGGAAUUAAACCAGAAUCUGAAAGUGAAGAAUCGAAACCGAAAGAAAGCGAAAGAACGAUAUCAACUGAUGCGUCGAAUCACGUUCCACAUGCCUCUUCUUCUACGCCUACACAUCUACAUCCAGCUUUUGUUCCUUAUCAUCUUUACAGCCAACUUUUAGACAGGGUCGGAGUUUUAGAAGAAAAGCAAAUAGUGCUUCAGCGAACGGUGAAUCAACUUUCCGAGCAAUUGAUUUCCUUGCUGGAGAAGAAAUCUACGAGUGAGGAAUAAUUUGAGCCAACGUAACUAUUCUCCAAGCAUUCCCUCCUCUUUUUUUUCUAAUGACAAAUUUUUGUCGCUGUAAGUAAGGAUGAUGAACUUGAUAAUUUUGUGAUUGUUAUGUAUUUAUUAGUUCCGAAGGCAGCGUCACCUGUCUUGUUUUAUUGUUCGCGCUUGAGCAAAUAAAUGUGAGAGCGUGGCUGAAAACGCAACAUUCCAAGUGACAUUCUAUAGUAUAACUACGAGCAUUUAGAGAAUAUUUAGUUGGCCCUUUGUCGCGUCAGAACUGCAAAUUCGCAAGAAAUGAUUGACGCCUUCGUUCCUACAAUGGGCGAAAUUAAAUUUUCCUUUAAAUUACGAGUAAUUUAAAUUAAAUUUAAAUUAAAAUUAAAAUUAGGCAAAGCGGAUACUAAGAAUGUCCGGAAAAUUCGGUUAGUGAUUUAUAAUAUUAACGAUUUGUAAGUUAAAUUAGAAAGUUCUUGACUUUAAGAAGCGGUUUCAAAAACUUAGUAUACUUUAAGUUUAUCGACUCGCUGUGCCAAUACAUUUCUCAGUUUUUUAUGCCCGAUUUUGAUAGCAAAUCUGAUUUGAUUGAUUAAACAAAAGUGAUACAGAAUUUUUCUUAUUUUUUGGCGGAAGAACAUAAUUAUUUUCUAGUCGCUUUCUCAUUUGUUUUAAACAGAGCUUUCAAGCUCUUCAGAAUUUAUAUACAUACUAUAUUCGUUUUCUCGAGGCAUGUUUGCUUAUUUUUAAAUAAGGAAUGAGUACUGAAGGAAUCGACUUUUGGCGAUUUUAGCAACCAGUGAUUAGAAUAAGAAAAUGUGAUUCUGUAAAAUUGAGCAAGAGUGAACAUGUACAGACAGGAAAAACCGAUUUUAGAAAUUUUAUGAAUGUAAAUUCCGGAGAUCGACGCAUUUUACUCGAAGUAGUGCAAUUUUAUUGGAAGAAUUAUUCUUCGCAUAACGAUUUAUUUGAAAGUCUUGUUUUUUCAACUCUGUUAAAAUGAGCACAAUUAAUUUCGGUUGAAAUCUGUUCUAAUUUGUAAAUACCUGAAAAUCACCGAGCCGUAGACCCAAAUCAUAAACUAAGAAAUAUGCCUGCUUUGCUGUGGUUAAUGGUGCUAUCGAAAAAAAAAAUAAACUUAGAUGAUUGUAAUUUAAAAAAAAAGAUACACACAUAAUCAAAAAAGCAGUGUGUAAAGAGCUUUUUAUAUACGCAGAAGCAGGUAUUUUGCUAUUCAAUCAGUUCUCUCUCAACAGACCAAUCUUCUAUGUUAUCUUCCACCUGGAACGAAUCAUUUUGUACUUUUAUAAUACUUGGAUAGAUAGUUUAAUUAUAAUCGAACCACAAUUUAUUACAGGCAAUUUUUUUGUAUUCGAGUGAUGAAAAA